AUGUCCACUGUAGCCUCCGCACCGCGGCACCGCCGGUACGUUGAUAUGACGCCGGAAAGGGAGCAGAAGAUUACACAACUUGUGCAGCUCAUGAAGCAAACCUAUGACCCACUUCCACAACAGCUGCAGAUCCUGCUGCGCUACUCGCCGACGCCAGAGGACGCACCGACGCCGCGCAACACCACGCGUAGCUACUGCUACUACGCCCUCAUCUCUUGCGACUGGGACGUGCAGAAGGCGUUUGAAGGCAUGAAAAGGAACGUAGAGUACCGCCUGCAGUGCCGCCUCGACGAACGCAGUGAGCUGCAGUCGGCGAUUUCAGUCCGCGGGUGGGAUCAGGUGGAAGUGGUGUGUGCGCUGGGUAAGGAGCUGCGAGCAGGAAAUCAGCGCGUUGAUCAGAUCGUCGCUGGUAUCGAGUGCUACUUCCCCUUUGGUCUUCACUACUGGGACAGGUACGGGCAGCCUGUCUUCUACCUCAUGUUAGGCAGCGUUGACGAGAAAAACCUGCUGAAGAAGCUGAAGGAAGCCGCGAAUGUCGGUCAGUCCACAGACGCCGUUAUGUGGGAGGUGCUGCAGCACGUGCUGGGCUCGGGCGAGUGGCUUGCGUACUACCAACAAAUGCAGUACGAUGCGGCGAAGCUCAAAGUGGACGCCUCUGAAGGACUCAUUCGCGCCACCACGAUCGUAGUGGAUCUGAAGGGGCUCACAUACAAAAUGAUCUGGAAGCCGGCGAUUGACCUCCUUCUCUCCUGCCUCAGGGAACUGCUCGACCACUACCCCCAGUGCAUUCACCAGAUUCUGGUGGUGAAUGCGUCAUCAGCGGUGACGUUGAUUUAUAGCCUCAUUCGCAAGGCGCUUCCUGACGCGGUGCAGGCAAAGAUUCGAACGGCCCGUCCAAGUGAGUCGCUGGCGCUGCUGACCGAGUACAUUGAGGAGCAGUACGUGCCAUAUUUUUACGGCGGUGCGUGCCACUGCGAGGACGGCUGCGUGCGUUCGUACAACCCGAAGAGCCCCGCGAAGGGCACCGUCACCGUUGACCAGGACGGUGCUUCGAGCGCCACGGAGUAA